UCGCCACCUUUGAGAUCUUCGUGCACCUGCUGGCCCUGUUGGUGUUCUCCGUACUUUUGGCACUGCGAGUGGACGGCUUGGCCCCGGGCCUUUCCUGGUGGAAUGUGUUUGUGCCGUUUUUCGCCGCCGACGGGCUCAGCACCUACUUCACCACCAUCGUGUCUGUUCGCCUCUUCCAAGACGGGGAGAAGCGACUAGCUGUGCUGCGCCUCUUCUGGGUUCUCACAGUGCUUAGCCUCAAGUUUGUCUUUGAGAUGCUGCUGUGCCAGAAGCUAGUGGAGCAGACUCGAGAGCUCUGGUUCGGCCUGAUCACGUCUCCGGUCUUCAUUCUCCUGCAGCUGCUCAUGAUCCGGGCUUGUCGCGUCAACUAGCCUCGUGCAGGGGCUGGGAAUGGAGCACUGCGCAGCUGGAGUGCUGGGUCAUCCAGUCCAGACCCUACUUGGCGCCACACUGGAGAAGCUUUGGUCAGAAAUCCGUGUCUGCUUGUGCCCCGUUUACUGUCCAGUUUUCUCUAUAUCUAAGAUUGUUUCCUCAGCAAAACUUAAAAGUGAAGCCUCGAUUAUUAAAAGUUAUUUCCUGUUACUCAUGCUCUGAGUUGCCAGACAAUACUGAACUUUUAUGACAUUUGGAAACUGCAUAUACGUAAACUAUCCUGAUAGGCUCUGAAUAUUUCCCAUGGUGAUAUACCCCUUUAUGAAUCAGCUUGUUCACUCAGAGCUUACCCCUCCAUCGGUCCAGGCCAGACUUCUUUAUACAAUUGAUAAUCUAACAGAGCUUGCGUCACUUUUCUCUGUCCUGGGGAAGAAUAGCCUUUUUUCAUUCCAUCCCACAUAGAGACAGCAGACUGUUGAAAACAAAGCAUGAAUAGGACCCAGUGUGUUUAUCUGCAAUCUGAGAAAAAACUCUGGUCUCAAGACAUUGCUUGGUUUCCUGGCCCAACAGAUUACAGUUUCACGGAGUUUCCCACCACCUUGUGGCAGGCAUCAUUAAUACACUGUGACAGACAGACCUCCCUAAGGGACCAAAGACAGGAAGAGGCGCUCACAUGCUCAUGGAAAUGGAUACUUACACAUAAGAGCUUGUGAACAGCUUGAGUUUAUUGACCUAAGGUCUUGAUUUUAUGUCAAUCAUGUGCCAAAUGAGAUCAUUUGUUGAGAUGGAAUAAUGUUUCUUGAAAUCAAUAUAUACCUAGACAUCUCAA